AUGGUUCUUCAAUACGGCGGAAGGCCGGAAGUUCAAGACAAAAGAGGCCGCCUCCCCCUCCACUGUAUGGAAGUUGGUAGUGCUAAAGGCUCUAAUGAGAGAGAAAAAGUUUUGAGAAGUCUCUUCGACAAAUGUCGUUCAAACGAACAGGUCUUCAAUGCAGCAGAUGACGAAGGAAUGACUGCUCUUCAUUGGGCUUGUCGUGAUGCUGAUAUAAGCGUGUGUAAUAUGGUUCUUAAAUUCGGGGGAAAGCUGGACGUUCGUGACGAUAAAGGCUGCCUUUCCCUACACUAUGCAGUUAAUGGUACAGGGGCUGAUAGAAUAGAAAUUAUAAGACGUCUUUUCCACGAAUGUCAGUCAAAAGAAGAACUUGUCAAUUUGUCAAAUAAAGAAGGAAUGACUGCUCUUCACUGUGCGUGUCGUGCUGCUGAUGUGAGCGUGUGCGAAACGGUUCUUCAAUACGGGGGAAAGACGGAUGUCCUUGAUGGUCAAAGGCGCCUCCCUCUCCACUACGCAGUUGAGAGAGGUAAUGAAGGCAUUGUCGAUUUGCUGAUUGGGGGUAGGCGACAGCGAUGCAGUGCAGAAAGAACCUGUCUCUAA